AAAACUUACACGUGCAUGUGGUAUGGCGCAGCGUUUUGCUGCUUAUUUUCGAAUCGCCAUUAAGUAACUGCUUUUAACCAAUUCCGUAUGGCCCGAUACGAACCCGCAUUCCCCCGCCCCUUAUAUAUGCUCGUUUCACCCUUCAAAGCAAAGAAGGGUAUAGUUCGAUUAUUUGAUCGCUAGAGGCGGUAAUUCGUGGAACGGACUUUUGGCUGUAUUUCUUCCAUGCUCAUCGGCAAUCUCCCUGCUCAUUUCUGCUAUCAAUAUAUACGUUCCCGAAUUACCGUUAGAUGGAGCUAUAGAGACUUCUCACUAGAUAUGGUGAAGAUAGAACAUUUUAUUCAAAGUUCAGAAAACCGCAUUCGUGCAUCUUUAUGUCAAUAGCUUUUAAUUUGUAACCAUAGAGUGAUUAUUUAUUAAAUUGUCUUUUAAAACAUAAACAAUGUUGAUCAAAGUGAAGACUCUUACCGGAAAGGAGAUUGAAAUAGAUAUAGAACCUACAGAUAAAGUAGAAAGGAUCAAGGAGAGAGUGGAAGAAAAGGAAGGGAUACCGCCUCAACAACAGCGAUUGAUAUUUUCUGGAAAGCAAAUGAAUGAUGAAAAAACGGCGCAAGAUUAUAAAGUUCAAGGUGGAUCAGUACUGCACUUGGUACUCGCAUUAAGAGGGGGUUUAUAAUUACAACAUUCCUUGUUCUGGAAUGUAUGUGCGAGUGUGUGUGUGUGAAUAUUACAGAUUGUAUAAGAUCAGCCACAAAUAUAAUAGGAUGCUUUCCAAUGUUACAUUCGCUGCGCUGUGUUUGCAAGGACUUGUAAUCGUCUUUGUAUCUCUCUUUGAUUGAACGGUUACAUUUAGAAUUGAAAUAAAUAUUAAUAAAAGUAAUUCAGUUAUAGAAACCUAAUAUUUGCAUAACCAAUAUCGUAAUCAUCUUUCAAUUAUAUCUAUUAUGAAAAAUAUCCGCGUACAAUAUUUGUAGUAUGAAUCUAAUUUUCCUAAGUUUGUGAAGUCUCCAUUGAGGCGAGACCCGAUCCGAAUUUGAAUAAAUUUCGUUCGAAAAUU